UUCAAGAUAUCUGCGGUCAUUAAAAACAAGAUGGCUUCCAUCGAGGAAAUGAGGACUCGAGUUGGUCUCGAAGAACAUGGUGUAACUAAUACGCGAAGUACAGAUUUUCCUGGCAAUUACGAUGGCUAUGAUGACACGUGGAGUCAAGAAAAGUUUGAAGAAAAGUUUAAGAUAGAUGUCAUUCGCAUGUCAUCAAAUGAUAUGGAGUUCGACAUGAUUGGUGUAGAUGCAUCUAUUGCAAAUGCAUUUAGACGGAUUUUACUAGCCGAGGUUCCAACAAUGGCCAUUGAAAAAGUGUUUAUCUAUAACAAUACUUCUAUCAUUCAAGAUGAGGUUCUUGCUCAUAGAUUAGGUCUUAUUCCAAUAUUUGCUGAUCCAAGAGAAUUCUCUUUUCCUAAAGAAGGUGAUACCGAUGUCAAAGAUGAUACAACGUUAAUAUUUGACCUAAAAGUUAAGUGUAUUAAGAACAAAAAUGCACCUAAAGAUGCAACAGAUCCUGAUGAACUAUACAUCAACUCUAAAGUAACAACAGAACAUUUAAAGUGGAUCCCAACUUCUCAGCAGGCUAAAAUGUACCGUCCACAAGAUAUCAGACCAGUUCACAACGAUAUUCUUAUUGCGAAGUUACGACCUGGACAGGUAACGUGUACCCCUCCCUCCCCUCCCUCCCCUCCCUUCCACAUUUUUAAAGACAGAGUGAAAUUAUCGCGUGUACGAGACCAUUUUAUUUUUUCAGUAGAAUCAACUGGUGCACUACGACCUGAUAUCUUGGUAGGCGAGGCCAUCAAGGUUUUAAUGAACAAAUGUCGACUUUUUCUUGCCGAACUGGACGCAACUUCGGAUAGCUAGUGCAGUGUACGAUGUCUAGAGUUUUGUAUGAUAAUGACUGUUAUUAAAUAGAGCAAAAGAGCMCAUAUCGAAGUGACAAGUUCGACGUAUUUGACUUGACGGAUUCCUSAGUCAUUCUGACAAAAACCUAACCAAACUGAAGGACAAGUAAACGAUAAAAACCAUAGAUAUUCUAUAAAAAAAAUUAACAACUAAACCCCUAUUCUUAAAUUGUCUACUAUUAAAUGGGAAGGAAACGUCUUAA